GGCCGGGUGCUGGGCGCGACUUUCGCCGGCCUGGCCCCACUGGCGGCCAGCUCCUCGAGAAGGGCCCUCUUGCAUUCUAUCGAGCAGCCGGCCAGUGCCUACGACAGCGUCGUUGCCAUGCUCCAGAGCUGGCUUGUAGGUGGCAUUUCAUUGGUGCUGAUCUAUGGAGCGGCCCUGGUCGCUGCCGUGGCCAACCCAUUGACGAAGAGGUGGAGUCCAAGUGACAAGGGAAGGCACAGGCGCACACGACUCGCUUCUUUUUUGGCAGUCUGGAUGCUGGAGUCCUGGAGUCUGCAGCUGCAGCUUCAGCGAGCGAGGAAAUCCCGCCGCGCGGGCCUUUGGAAGUCACUGGCCAUGCGAAACGAAGCGGAGAAAGAAGCGCGCGCGCGCGCCCGAUUUUUGGCCCAAGCGCCCGAAGCUGCAAAGCCAGGAAAGAGCUCUGAAACGCACCGCGUGGCCCAGGUGCUCAGUUCUCUUCAAGGCGAUAUGGCGCACCGAAGCUUUCUGCCCUCGCUCCUUCUCUUGGCGCUCGGAUCAUUUCUCCUGGCCCGGGCCUCUUUGUCCUUUGUCUCCGGACCUGCUAGAGCAGGAGCCACGCCCGUUGAGGUUGAUGCUCGUGUUCUUGGGGCUACGUUUGCGGGCCUUGCCCCGUUGGCAGUGGAGCAGCCUGCCAACGCUUAUGACAGUGUAGUUGCCAUGCUGCAGAGUUGGCUUGUAGGUGGCAUUUCUCUGGUCUUGAUCUAUGGUGCUGCGCUCGUGGCUGCCGUGGCAAACCCCCUGACAAAGAGGCGCUUGGAGGUGCGGAACGAGGCGCUGUGUGGAGGCUAUGAAGUGAUCAGCUUCCAGGAGUGCAGCACAAAGCAUGUUUGUUUGGCCAAGAUUGAAGAGCAUGCAGGCUUCGUGGCCUCGCAGCUUUUUUGCAACUUGUCUGACAUGUGGUCCCCAAAGACUGUAGGUGGAAGCCUCCUUGUGGCUGUGGCCGUGGGCUGCGCCCUUCUGGUCUCGCAAGCCUUCGUCUGCGGGCCUGCAAGAGCUGCACCUGAGGUGGAUGCGCGCGUCUUGGCUGCCACCUUUGCUGGGCUGUCUCCCCUGGCAGUCGAACAGCCUGCCGGCGCCUACGACAGCGUGGUCGCGAUGCUCCAGAGCUGGCUGGUAGGCGGCAUUUCCCUUGUCCUUAUCUACGGGGCCGCCUUGGUGGCGGCUGUGGCGAACCCGCUGACGAAGAGGCGCCUGGAGGUCAGGGAUCAGGUGGAGCGCAAGUGA